UUUCAAAUUUUGCUGGUACGUGCAAGUUUUAAUGGUCUAACUGAAAUAAACUGAUUAAAGUUUAAUAUAAAUCGAAGAGAAAUACAUAGGAAAGGAUAGUUAUAUUUAAGAUUUUGUUAAGUUUUUGACAAUUUUUUAGUAUCAAAUUAAAAACCAUGCUUUCUGAACGUGAAGAUAAUUUUCGAGGCCUUGCAGUGAAACUGUUUGAAAUUGGAGCCAUAAAAUUUGGAGAUUUCAAAAUGAAAGUUGGGGUAAACUCCCCAGUAUAUUUGGAUUUAAGAGUAAUAGUUAGUUUUCCUGAUGUAAUGACUACCGUUGUAAAUUUAAUUGAUGACAUAAUUAAAGAACAUAAUAUUCAAUAUAAACAUGUUUGUGGUGUACCUUACAUGGCCCUUCCAGUUGCAACAUUAGUUGCCAUGAAAAACAAGCAACCAAUGUUAGUGCGACGUAAAGAACCUAAAUCUUACGGAACAAAAAAAAUUAUUGAAGGGAAAUUUAAUGCUGGAGAAAAAUGCUUGGUGAUUGAGGAUGUUACAUCGUCUGGAUCAAGCAUUUUGGAAACUACUCGAGAUUUAAGGGCUGAAGGAUUAGUUGUUAGUGAUGCUAUUGUUAUGGUAGAGAGAGAACAAGGUGCAAUAUUAAAUUCAAAGAAAAAUGGUAUGAAUUUAAUACCUAUUUUUACGUUAUCUCACUUGUUAAAACUGCUGCAAGAAGCUGAAAAAAUUGACGAAAAGAUUGUGGAAUCUGUUAAAAAAUUUAUUAAUAGUUGCCAAAUACAUGAUGAUGGAACACUUGUAGAUCCAUCAAGAAAUUUUGUUAACGAGCUUUCACGCACUACCAUGUCGUUUGAGGCACGCUCAGAAUUAGCACAAGCUCCAUUAGCUAAGAAACUUUUCAACAUUAUGAUAAUUAAGCAAUCUAAUCUUUGUGUUGCCGCUGAUCUAUCUAAAGCUGAUCAUAUCUUAAAUAUAGCUGACAUUUGUGGACCCUAUAUAUGCAUUUUGAAAACCCACUGUGAUAUAAUAGAAGAUUUUUCUGAAAAUUUUAUACAGUCACUGCAAAUGUUAAGUAAAAAGCAUAAUUUUUUAAUUAUGGAAGAUCGUAAAUUUGCGGAUAUUGGUAACACAGUUUAUUUGCAAUAUACUCAAGGGUUGUACAAAAUAUCAAAAUGGGCUGACAUUGUUACAGUUCAUGCUUUACCAGGCCAAAGUAUUCUUCAAGGCUUAAAAACCAACUUGGAUCAACCAGAAAAACGAGGAGUAUUUCUAUUAGCGGAAAUGUCAAGUCAAGGAAAUUUAAUUAAUGAAAAGUACAAAGAAGCAACUAUAAAAUUGGCUACAGAUUCAAAUGAUUCGGAUUUUGUUGCUGGUAUCGUUUGUCAAACAUCUGAUUGUUUUAGUUUCCCAGGAUUGAUUCAGUUAACACCUGGCGUUAGAAUAGAAAACUCCCACGACGAUUUAGGGCAGCAAUAUCAAUCACCGGAGGAUGUUGUGAAAAUUAAAGGUGCUGACAUAGGGGUUGUUGGCCGCGGGAUCUAUGAAGCGAAGUGUAUUGAUAAAGCUUGUAUCCUUUAUAGAGAUAGAUUGUGGGCAGCUUACUGCGACAGAAUUGAAAGCAAUCAUUAAAGCAUAUUUGGUUUGUUUUUUAUUUUAAAAGCACAAAAGACAUUUUUUGAUACAAAUUAUGGUGAUAACAUUUUGAUUAUAAUAUAACGAAGGUUUAAAAAUUUACAAAUUUAUGUACAUGAAAGUAUUGCACAAAAUUGUUUUGACCCAAAAAAGAAAUGAUAAUAAAGAAUUUAUUUGUAA